CUGACAGCCAUCAACGUAAGCCGGGCCAGCUCUCCCAGGCGACUUCAGAUAAGGACUAAGGACGCUGCUGCCUGGUGCUAAUGCCUUCAGGCCUCUCCUUAUCACAUCCAGACUUUCUCUGCUCUUUUCUUUCUCUUUUCAUUGGAUGUUGAGGAAACAUUGAAACAGAAGGAAAGAAUAUUAAUGCCCAUUGGGUUUUUUUUUAAUGCUGUACCAUGGCUUCCCAGUACCCUCCAAGUCUCCGGAUUCUUCUCCCAGCACUUAUCUUGGUGUUUGAAAUUGCUUUCAUCCUCAUAUUUUAUUUUUUUGUUUCGUAUGACCAUCCAAGAGACCUUGCUAUCUACCCGGCAUUUCAAGAUGUCAAUGUCAUGGUGUUUUUUGGUUUCGGCUUCCUCCUGGCUUUCUUGAGAAGAUACGGCUUCAGCAGCACUGGAUUCGGCCUUCUUCUCGCUGCCCUGGGAGCACAGUGGGCUGUGAUCGUGGAUGGAUUCCUGUUCCAUUUCUCAGAUGGGAAAGUGAAGAUCACUCUUCAAAGCCUUUUAACAGCCAUUAUGAGCAUCCCCACGGUGUUGAUUUCAGCUGGAGCUAUCCUGGGAAAAGCGAACCCAGUCCAAUUGAUCUUGAUGGCUUUGAUAGAGGUGACUGUUUUCGCCACUAACCGAUGGAUUGCUGUGGGUAUUCUGCAGGUGGCAAACCAUUUGAGCCUGAUGUACGUCCAUCUGUUUGGGGCUUACUUUGGGCUGACAAUAGCCUGGUGGCUGCAUCAUCCGUCCCUGAACCAGAAAGUGGAGAAGGAGACUUCAAAGCCGGUUUCUCAUUUGUUUGCAAUGUUGGGUACUCUCUUUCUCUGGAUGUUCUGGCCCAGCUUCAAUUCAAUCCUGAUCGACAACUCCAGAGUCAAAAGCUUUGCCAUCUACAACACUUACUUUGCAAUUGCUUCAAGCACGAUUGCGGCCUUUGCAGUCUCGGUGGCUACCAGCAAAAACGGAAAGCUGAGCAUGGCCCAAAUCCAGAAUGCUACGCUGGCAGGUGGAGUCGCCAUUGGCUUUUCAGCUUCGAGCAUCCAACAUCCUUGGACUGCCAUGACUUUGGGUCUGCUGGCAGGCACCAUCUCUGUACUGGCCUCUGUCUUUUUCCAGACCUGCUUGAAUCCUUUCCUGGGGAUCCAUGACACCUGCGGAGUCCAUUCCACAUUUGGCUUGCCCAGCUUGCUUGGUGGGGUAGCCCACAUCAUCCUUAUCAUAGCUGAGCAGUGGAGAUCCAGCCACCAGUCUGACUGGGGUUACAUGGCUUUGCUGGCACUUGGAGCGCUCUCCCUGAGCAUUGUCCUAAGUUUUGUAGCUGGUCUUGUUACAGGUUUCUUGUUAAUUUCUAAAUUAUGGAAAUCACCCCCUGCAACCAAGUACUUUGAUGAUCAAGCUUAUUGGGAGUUCCCCCACUUAGCUGUUGGAUACUGAAUACAGACAUCCAGACUGCAACAAACCAGACACUGAAGAGAAUAACUUGUUGUUACCAUGAGACUGUGUGACAUUAGUAUCAUUGUGAGAUUUAACAGCUGUUUUAUUAAAACCACUAGCACUUCUUGUGUUAAACUUUUCUCACUAAAAUUUGUUUGCAAUGUUAAAGAACUGCAUUAAAGUGGCUUACGACAUC